AUGUCUUCUCAAAAUGAGGCGGGACUGUCCGAACACCGGAAAUCUGAUUCGGGUUGGAAGUACAACUACCUUGUUGACCCGAAAGACAAAAAUUCUAUAACAUGCAAAUUUUGCAAGAAAGUUACAAACGGUGGGAUCUAUAGAGCUAAGGCACAUCAGAUUAGAGGCAACCGUAAUGUAAAGGAAAGAAAGUUCAAACAAGCAUACAUGAUGCUUGUGAUAAGGAGAUUAGAGGCAGAACAAUACAAGCUAUUGCCACAUGUUUUUUAUCAGGCUCGAAUCACCUUCAAUGUUGCUAACAUGGACUGUUUCAAAGAGAUGAUUACUGCUGUUGGAAGCUAUGGCCCGCACCUUAAGCCUCCAAGCUACCAAGAGCUACGUGUUCCACUGCUAAGAAAUGAGGUACAAUCUGUGCAACAAUGGGUUGAAGGCCAUAAUUCUAGAUGGUCUAAGUUUGGGUGUUCAAUUAUGUUGGACGGAUGGACUGAUAGGAGACAACGAACGCUCAUUAAUUUUCAUGUCAAUAGUCCUAAGGGCACCGUGUUUUUGGAGUCUGUCGAUGCAAGUUCUUAUACGAAAAUAGGUGACAAAGUGUUUGAGCUUCUUGAUAACUUUGUUCAACGAGUUGGCGAGGAAAAUGUUAUGCAGAUCAUAACAGACAAUGGCAGUAACUUCAAGGCAGCAUGCAAAAAGUUGACGACAAAGAGACCAAAUUUAUUUUGGACGCCUUGUGCAGCCCAUUGCUUGGAUCUUAUGCUAGAAGACAUCGGUAAGAUUGACAUAGUUAAAAAAACAAUUCAGAAGGGUAUUUUUUUGGUUGGCUAUAUUUAUAACCAUACCGUUGUUUUAAACAUUACGAGAGAAUUUACAAACAAUAAUGAGUUAACAAAAGCCGGAGUAACUAGGUUCGCAACAACAUUUCUCACUUUAAAAAGUUUGCACAAGCAAAAGUCGGAUUUAAGAAACAUGUUUGCUAGUGAGAAAUGGUCAAAUGGUAAAUGGGCGGAAGAACAAAAAGGAAAAAGAGCAAACGACAUCGUUUUUACACCUGGCUUUUGGAUCAACGUGAAUUUUAUUCUUAAAGUCAUGGGGCCGCUUGUUCAAGUACUUAGAAUAGUUGACAAUGAAAAGAAACCUGCAAUGGGUUACGGAGCAAUGGAAUGA